AUGAUCGAGGUCAACCUCUUACCAAAGAGUCUCUCCUGCUCCCCACAAGUAUCACUCGGCAUCGGAGAGCUCUUCUCGGUAAAAGACAAGGUCGUCAUCGUGACGGGAGGCGGUUCGGGCCUUGGAGAGUCCAUAGCUCGGGGCUUUGCUCUUAACGGCUCCCGCGUCUAUAUCGUCGGCCGGCGUUUAGAGACUCUUCAAACGGCUGCCAGCGAGAUUGGUGGCGACAUCCAUGUACUUCAGGGGGACGUGGGGACCAAGGCCGGCUGCGAGAGAGUGGCCGAGCAGAUCAAGGCCCGCGAAUCCCACGUCGACACUCUCGUCAACUGCGCUGGGCUGAUGACCCUUUGGAAAGUCUUUGCCAAAGAUAACGACGAUGCUGAUGAGGUGGAGCAUAUGUUACUCAAUGGCGUCGAUGAUCAGGAUUUUGAUCGCUCGAAUCACGCCGCCGAUCCAAACGUCUUGGUCAUCUCGUCUCUCGCCGCGUUGACAAACCAAAGGUCGGUGACAUCAGUAGCUUAUGAUCUCGCAAAGGCGGCCGAAACCAAACUUGCCCUGUUGCUUUCAGCUCGCCUUCGUCCGAUGAAGAUCCGCGUGAACACCAUUUGCCCCGGAAUAUUUCCCUCGGAUAUGACGACGACGAUGCCGACAGACGGCAAUAAACCACCAAGCGCUGCCGCUGACACAGACCAGACCAGUUGGGGAUUGCAUCCCAUAGCGCAAAAGACGACAUUGCGAUCAACUGCCGGUCGCCCGGGCCGCCCUGAGGAGAUUGUUGGGCCGGUUCUGAUGCUCUCGAGCGCAGCGGGUGCUUACAUGAAUGGCGCUCUGCUUGUCAUUGAUGGCGGCCUUCUUGUGAACGCCUUGAGCUAG